AUGACAGCACCCAACCCUCAAUUGAUGUUCAUCGGGCAGCAAUGCACGCUAGCAGACUGUCGUCAAAGCGACUUUUUGCCCCUCAAGUGCGCUUACUGUCACGAUCCAUACUGCUCUUCUCACUUUGACGUCUCGGUGCACAAAUGCUCAGCUGGAACAAAGGCGCUGUCAGAAGCGGAUGUGCGAAGACCUCUGUGUCCCCUGUGCGGUGAAGCGCCAGCAUGGAAAAGAGGCUCCGAAUCUGCCGAAGCGGCCCUCACAAAGCAUUUGACUGCGCAGCAGGAAUGGGAAUGGCACACGGAAUGCAUCGCUUUGGACUCGGAUGGCACGAGAAGGGAAGCGAUUGGACAUGCCGCCAAUCAGCAAUCGGUAAAGAGGAUGUGCGCAGAGAAGAGGUGCAAGAAGCAUCUGAUGGUGGACAUUGUUUGCCCAUCCUGCAAAGCUUCAUUCUGUCCAUCUCACAGAACACCACAAUCGCACGCCUGCCCAGCUUCAUCCACCUCUGCGGCUCAUCCCAAGCCCUCGAUUUCCUCAAUGUCCGCCACCUCGCAGGCGCAUACAGGACGCACGAUUGGCACAGGUGGGGCAGGCGACUCUGCAAAGUCUCGCCUUCUGAACUUGGUGCCCGGUCAGGACGCUAAAAAGAGCGCGGGCGUCGCAAAAUCGAAUAGCAAACAGGCCGACAAUGGGGAUGCGACGGGCUCUAUUGGGCAAAAGUCUUCGUCGAACAACCUGCUCAAGGCGAUCCCGGGCACGAGCUCGAACAAGGUCGACAAGCGUAUCCUGGCUGAGCAGAAUUCCCUCUUGAAAGCAUUGGAGAGGAAGAGGGAGCUGGGCAUACUGAGCGAAAGUGAAAAGCUCAAAUUGGCUCAGAUUGUCGCUGUGAGGGAAAGCAGUCGAAGGCGGGGACUGGCGGAUGCGAAGGAGGAUUGUACAGUGGCGUAG